CCAACUCGACGUCGACCACUCGCGCGUCUCUCCGCCUCGCACCCUUUUCCCUCCUUCCCCUCUCUUCUCUCAACUCGUCAACGCGAUCGCCACACCGGCGCAUCGUACUCAGCAUCACGCCAAAGCCGCACAACGACUGAGGAGCUGAUUCGACAUCAUCAUGUCGGCCUCCAAAGUCGUCGGGAGCGGCUUGGGCGGGCCAAGCGCAAGCACACGACUGACGGGUGGCCAAGUGACCAAGGUCGCCAUCCGCGAUGGUAAGCGCAUCGCAGUCAAUGACCACAUCUACAUCACCGCACCUUGGGCUCCUGGCGCGGGCGAGCCGUACAUCAUCGCCCGUGUCAUGGAGUUUGUCACCGCCUCGUCAUCAAGAAGCGGGGCGGCGGCUCUGGCUAGCUCUUCGGGCACGCUCCAAGUCCGGGCCAACGUCUUCCUCCGCAUGCGCGACAUCUCUCAUCGUACCAGCAACGACUCACGGCUACUCGUCGCCACCAUGCACUCUGAUGUUUUCAACCUCGAAAACGUCAGAGGACUCUGCGAAGUUCGUCACCGCGACCUCAUCGGAGAUGCGCCAGACGUUAGCGCUUGGAAGAAGCGUGAAGACCAUUUCUACUACUUCCAGCUCUACGAUCGCUAUAUCCACCGCACCUACGACGUUAUACCCACUCAAAAGCUGCAAAAUGCUCCCGCCGACGUACUCGCAGUCCUCCGCAAGCGUUACUCCUUCGUAGUCUCUGAGCUCGGCAUGGUCGGCGACUUGUGCGAUGCUCUUCGAGGCUGUGUCGUUUGCCAGCAGUGGGCCUCUGCCACCGAGAGCGUACGAUGCGACACAUGUAAAAAGUACUUUCACAUGCGCUGCCUCAACCCUCCCCUCACCUCGAAGCCGGCAAAAGGCUAUAGCUGGACUUGCGCUCCAUGCUCUCGCCGCUACGAGCAGACUGUAGCACUUGAGCUUGGAUCAGGUACACCAGACGAUCUCUCGCGCCUCCCCGGCACACAAGGCGCCCUAGUUCGUACGGGAAGCAGCAGCGGUAGCAGCGACUAUGGCUCUCACUCAGUCAAGCCUCGAUCCGCGGCCACCAUCGGCGGCGCUGCGGCCGGAAGAGGCCGACCGCCUGGAAGCAAACGCCGACACGUCGAUGACGGCUCUUCAGCUGCCGGCACGCCAAAUGGAUCACCGGCGCCGGAGAAGACAUUGGAUGACAUACGAGGCACACGCUGCUUCCAAGGAUGGCCGUAUCGCUACUUUGGCCAGCACACCCACGCUCCCGAUGUCCUCGACGCACACGAUUCCAUCUAUCCUCGCUCAACCACGCGCCUUGGCCCCAAGUUUCAGGUCACCUUGCCAACUUGGGAGGAGCAGAAAGAGCUCGGCAUCGGCGUCGCCGUCAAUAUCGACUCGGAUACACACGCUAACGCAGCAGCUGGCUCAUCUACGUCGGGCGCAACGGCGCUCGUAGACGACGAAGCCGCGCAUAGGGCCUACUUGACGAAGCUCCCGCGGCAUCGGCGAGGCAGAGGCCGACCGCCAAAAGCAGCAGCAGCAGCCAUGGCAGCAACAGCGAGCAACGGUGGUACAGACGCGGACACGCCUGUGGGCACACCGACUCUCGCCUCAGCGGCCUUGCCAUCCGACGGCGUCGUUGCGGGCGAGGCUGUAGCUUCACCGGUGCGAGAGUUUGAGAGAGGUACGGACGAGAGCGUCGACGUCUACUCCAACGUCAGUACUCUUCCUGCCGGAAGCGAAGCCCACCACUUCCAAGACGCCUACAUGAUGAGUGCCGCCUACCACUUCCACACUCUGCACGCGUACAACGUCGACUUCAUUGACCGGGCCCUCAAAGUUUUCAAUGAUCACAACUACGAGCCCAUUGCCGCACUCCAGGAGAUCUCUCGAUCGACCGAGGAGGAUUUCCGCAUCGUACACUGGAGCUCAAAGGAGCGCAAGGCCUUCGAAAAUAUUGUCAAGGACUGGGGUUGCGAGCUGAGGCAGCUCAAGAAGGCCAUCCCUACGAAGCCCUUCUACGACAUCGUCCGCUUCUUUGUUACGUGGAAGAAUGAGAAGCUACUCGAGAAGCACCGGGCUGAGAGACAAGCUGCAGAGAAGGCCAGGAAUGGUGCACGAGGCAGCAAGGGAGCCGCAGCUCUGGCUGAUCGUGACGAUUCGCCGGGUGCAUCGUCCGUAGCUCGCGCUAUAUCUCCAACGCUAUCCGUUCACGAGGAGAAGACGGUCAAGGCCACGCCCGUCAUCGCCUGCAAAAUGUGCGAUACCAAGGCGAGCGCUUUCUGGUACAAGGGGCCCAGCGUCUGGACAAAUCGUUUCCUCUGCGACAGCUGCGGUCUAUACUGGCGCAAGUAUGCAGCAGAGCAGUCGCCGACGGACCUCGUCGCUACGAACCCGCGCAAGCACAUCAUUGAGGACAACAGUAGCCUUGGCGUGGCUCCGCCCAUCAAGCUGGCCAAGGUACCACUCAAGGCGCAUGAGACCAACAAGGUAGGGUCGGGCGCACAUGCCGCGUCCUCGAGCUCUGCUGCAGCCUCAUCACCAGCUGCGACCCCUCUUCCUCCGCCUCCUCCCGCUCGACUAGAGCCCAUUCGCUGCGUCAUGUGCCGCAGGAUGGAGCCAAAGAAGCGAUUGCAGCAGUGCCGCCAAUGUUCACUUAGCGUCCAUCAGGGCUGCUUUGGGCUGACGGACGAGGAGGUCGCUGCUGACGUCUGGUUCUGCGACGCUUGCACCAAUGAGCGCACGCUCGACGCCGCCUUGGUACCUCGCUGUACACUGUGCCCUCCACUUCAGCGGGUAGACCCCACCAAAGCCGCCGCUGCAAGCACUCCCAAGAUCAGCGCUGCCACUGGAGGAGCGUCGAAGGCGAACGGCUCGACCACCACUCAGACCCUCACACCAGCGAACAGUGCAGCGGGGAGUGCCUCUCGUGCACGCAACGCCGAUGGUCCCACAUCCUCACCUUUGUCCUCCACCAGCGCGGCCACUGCAGCCUCCAACGAGCCUCCGCUGAGCGUUCUCGAUGCUUUCAAGCCUACGGAGUGCAACAAUUGGGCGCACGCGGUCUGCGCGGUCUGGAUGCCCGACGUCCUCUUUACGGACACGGAAAGGCUCAAGCUCGUCGAAGGAGUAGGCAACCUCCCCUUCUGGAGAUAUGCUGCUACUUGCGAGGUCUGCAAUCGACCCGGCGGAGCGUGCAUCCAGUGCUCUGAUUCGGGAUGUAAGCGCACCUUCCACGUCUCUUGCGCGUUUGCCCACUCGGGGUACAGCUUUGGGUUUGAGAUCAACCCUGUCAAAACGUCUAGGAGAGAUCAGGUUGUGACGGCAGGGUUCAAGAAUGAGCAAGGGCAUUGGUCUGCCUUGGCGUACUGCAAGACGCACAAGGAGCUGAUCAAGGAGAAGCAGACGUACGACCUGGCAGAGGUGGAUCCCAAAACGGGCUUGACGGCUUUGCAGACGUAUGUGAGGACGCACAAAGGGGCCAUUGCUGCGCCGCCGCAAGCGGCCGCAGGAGGUGCCAACGCGCCAGCGGCAGCAUCAGCAGCAUCGUCGGCGGCAGCAGGAGAUGCGACGUACGCUCUACUCCGACGAGCCAAGCGCUUUGAUGCCGUCUUUGGCGAGACGGAAGGGGUACCCAAGCCAGGUCCACCUCCUACUGCAGCCUCAGCGCCAGCCACCCCGGCCCGCCUAUCAUCUUCCUCCAAGCCAAUCUCGAGCACGCCGCUUGGUCUCGCAUCGCGAAGUCACGGCGCGCCCGCACCACCCAAGAUCCCCAAACCCUACCCCAAGCAUUGCGUGCGUUGCGAUACGACCUUCUCCCCGAUCUGGUGGCCAGUCUCCAAUCGCUCGACCGCGACGGACGACAGUCAAAGCAGCAGCCAGUCCUCAUCGUCAAAUAGCCAUGGUACUACGCGUCCGCCUUCUUCACAGCAGCCCAAGGAGAGGGCAGUAUGCUGUAAUAUAUGCCGGACGAGCUUGGAGAGUGUAGCGGAGGCGGCGGAGAGGCGGAAUGAUACCGGCGGUGGGAAGGAUGAUGAGGAUGAGGAGAUGGAGGAUGUGAAUGGUGGCGGUAGCGGUGGAGGUGAUGGCGAUGGAAGGGAAACAAGUCGUCAGGCUCAGCCGCUUGGGGGCGGUCAGCAAGGCACGAGCCAGCCAUCCCUCGUACCUGCGGUAUGAGGGCGGCGACCGUUCUCUACAUUUCAUACCUC